AGAGACUUGGCGACGCGCGACGAAGUUGGUGUGUGCGCGAUUAUAAGGAAAAAGAAAGUUUAUGGUGCUUUUUCUCUGCCGCAGCACCAUUAUUACGUGUACGGAGUGUUGGGGCAAAAAAAAAGAAGGAGGAUCGACUGGUGGAAGACGCAAAAAUUGUUCAGUUCUCACUUUCAUUCGGGCCAGGCGAGUCGCUCCAUUCAAAACCCAACCAUUGAGUCAUGAUCGCGACUGUGACUUAAUAUUUUUUUCUUCUUCUUUUGAUGUUGUUGCUUUUAUCACGCUAAAAGGAUUUUCUUUGCAAUUUUUUUGUGUGGAUUUUUUUAAGAAAGUUUUGUGAUCUUUUGCAAAAACUUUGAACGAGGAUCAGGAUUCAGGAAGAAGUGGAAAAAAAUGAUCUUAAGUGCUUGACACAGAGCGAUCUCUGUGCGAUCAGUUGGAUCCAUCUGCUGAGCAUGAUCACUGUUAAAAUUCAAAUUUUCUAACAAAAAAAAUGUGGAUUAGUGGAGGUGGUAGGAAGUGAUCGCGUUUGGAAGUUCCUCGAUCCUCGAAUUUUCUUUUUAAAAAAAAUUUCUUCCCGUGUUCCAUCCCCACCCGAAAAAAAAAUCCCUCGAGGCUAAACGGUUUUUCGCAUUUUCUUUCUAGAAAGAAAAUAAAGAUAAAGAAAAAAGGAACGUGGGAAAGUGAUCGUAGAGAAAAACAAGCAAGAUCACGAUGAUUCUCAGAAUCUUCCUUCCCACAGUGUUGUGGCUUAUUGUGAUAGUGCGUGCUGAGGUGACCGAUGAGAAUUUUUCCCUCCACACAACGCAACAUCUUGCAGAAAUUGGUGACAAUGCAACCGUCCAUGAUCAUGCCCCGGAAAAGCGUCUUCGUGAUCUACUUGAUCUCUUCAACAUUGCUACCGUAUCAAUUGCAUGGCCAAGGAUUGCUCAUGAAGUUCACACACCCAAUUGCUCCAGUCACAUGAUGGAGUACUUUCGUGGAUUAGCAGCUGGAAAACUCUGGGCACUCAAGAUGGAUGAUGCAAGUGGUCACUACACGGCUGGCUUCUUCUUCGGCAAUAACUACUGGAUGGGAUCAAUAAAUCUCUGUUCGGCCAUUGCGACUGAUGAUGCUGAAAAAGUAAUGCAAUUUGGUGAAGGAAAAGGUGGUCUUGCAUCUUCCCUAAAUUACAAGCAUGAUGUUAGAAAAAUACGAAGUGAUCGAAGUCCAUUUGUUCCGGGUUUCUUUAUCCUCAAACUCCUCUUCAAUGGACACAAUUUAACACAUACGCCACGCACGUUGUUUAUUGGUCUCUGUCUACCAUCAUCGUGCUCAGAAGGAGAUGUCCUUGCAAUUGCCAAGGGCAUCAAUGAAGAUCGAAGUGAUUCACAACAGACCACAAUUCUCGAUGUGAGAUCACCAACAAAGAAACGCUAUGAAUUUACAUCUGAUCCCACAUUCUACAUCCUUCUGGUUUCAGUGAUUUGUGUGUCAUGUUUAUUGGUUGUGGGAACAAUCUAUGAUCUUAUCCUCACGCACGAGCUGAAGAAGCGUGCAGAGAUGAAGGAAAAAUCAAAGGAAUUAGCAACUGAUUUAAAUUCUGGUGGUCUUGGAUGCAUCACAUACGAUCUAACCAGUGCAAUGCCCACCAAGGAGAAAAUUGAUAAAACCCGUGGACUCAACAAUAACAAUUCCGAUGAGAAUUUGGCAGUGGAAUCACUGGAGCAUCAAGAAGAAAAUUUGAGUGUCUUCGCCGAAAUGCUCCUCUCCUUCUCAGUUGUGACAAAUUUCAAAGCAAUUUGCGAUAGUAGCGUUGGAAGUGACACAAUCCCCUCAAUCCACGGGCUACGUGCUGUCUCAAUGGCCUGGGUUAUUCUUGGGCACACCUGCAUAAUUGUCUUCAAGUACUCCGACAAUAUGGACCUGAGGAAGACGGUGGAGAAGGAAUUUUGGUUUCAAACAAUCUCAAAUGGGGCAUUUAGCGUUGAUACAUUCUUCUUCAUUAGUGGCUUCCUCGUUGCCUACAUCUACUUCCGCACAAAUGCCAAAGGGAAGCUGGAGAAGCUCUCAAAGGGUGUGAGUGAGGUCACAGCAGGAGUCCUACACUUCCUUGGACUCGUUGCGUAUCGUUUUAUGCGACUAACAGCUCCAUAUCUCUUUGUACUGGGAUGCGUUGAGUUGCUAAUGAAGUACUUUGAGCAGUAUUCUGUCUUUGAGCCACCCACAAUGGAUCAUGCCAAUUGCCCCAAAUACUGGUGGCGCAAUGUCUUGUACAUCAAUACGCUCUUUCCCGUUGGAGAGAUGUGUAUGCUGUGGAGUUGGUACUUGGCAAAUGACACACAAUUCUACAUAAUUGGCGCUGUUAUCCUCAUCCUUGCUGUGCGUCAUCUAAGGGUUGCUGCAGCCGUUGUGGCUGGUAUUAUGGUGUCCUCGUGGGGCAUCACGGGGCUCAUUGCGUACUCAAAUAACCACAUCCCCAAUGCCGAUGACCCCCUGGCGCUCUUUGACAUGAUCUACGAUAAACCAUGGACACGUAUUGGACCCUAUAUGAUUGGUAUGAGUGUGGGGUGGAUCCUCUUCCGGACAAAUUGCCAAAUACGGAUGAGUCGGCUGACGGUGAUCCUUGGGUGGAUGAUGUCCAGCGCUACGGGGCUGUACCUCAUCUACGGGCUGUACGGGCAGGAGCUCAAUAAGCUCGGUGGGGCAGCAUACAGUAGCCUGAGUCACUCAGCGUGGGCAUUGAGCCUCGCGUGGAUCAUCAUUGCAUGCUCAACGGGCUAUGGGGGCUAUGUGAAUACCUUCCUGUCGGCACCGUGUAUCUAUCCCUUCUCACGGGCCACCUAUUGCGCCUACCUCGUUCAUCCCAUCGUCAUCCGCAUCAUGGCGCUCAAUUCCACGGCACCGCUGCAUCUUGGAACGGAUUCCAUGAUGAUUUAUUUCUUCGGUCAGCUUGUCUGCUCCUACCUGCUGGCCUUCAUUGUCUCCCUAGCUUUUGAAGCUCCUGUCGUGACGAUGCUCAAAAUUAUGUCACCCAGCAGGAAAAAGCGAAUAUAGCUUCCUUCCUCGCAUCUACCCUAUAAAUCUGUGUUGUUAGCAUUAUCCUCUUUGUUUUUUUUUUGUACAUCUCCCCUAAAAAAUGUAUUUUAUCCCCCCCCCCGCCCUGCUCAUCCUUAGUAUUGUUAUAAGUUUAGAGCCUUAAGAAGUGAGAGAAAUUAUGAAAUAAAUGCGCGAGAGAA